GCCGCGAACUGUCGCCUGUCUUCUGUCGUUUUUACGCCGGUAAACAGUCUGUUAGUGAAAACGGUACCGCCUUUGGACUAUCCGCGUGAUCGUCCAUCAAUACUUGGACCGGGACGCAGAGUCGGUCCAAAGCUCCGAAUUUCAGUCAAACGCGAGUUAUGAAUGUGAUCGUGCAUCUCGUCCUCCAGGUGAUCACAUAUCAGCUUGUAAGAUGUCAAGGUGGAGGACCAAGCACCUUCGGAUACGAUGCAUCCUCGGCUUGCAGCAAACCAUAUUCCCGGGCUGGUCGUGCACGAUUGGUAAAUCUUCCAUGUGACUUCCGGCGACAGAACUGGUGCACAAUAGCUGGUAGCUCUUAUCCUUGGCACGCAGUUCGCCGUUUCGUGCAAGAAAACCAAGGAUUAAUGAGGCGCAUGUAUGGCGAUGAAAGGCACCUUAACGUAUUAAGAGCGGAAUUCGAGAGAAAUGAUAUUGAAUUAAAGUAUGAUGAUUAUUACCAUCAUUUUUCCGACGAUUACAGAAAAUAUCAGUACACGCACGAUUACGAGUACUUCGAGGCUGAUGAGAGCUUAAGAAACGGUAACGAGUUCGAGGGACGAGGCUUCACCAGCAAAUCCUUUAAUGAGAAUGCCGCAAAGCGGCUGAACAAAUUCCCAAAAUUAAGCGAAUACACGAGGCCGCACUUCAGACCAACCGAGAAAACCAGCGUCCCGACCUCGACAACCACCACUACGACUACCCCAUCGACGAUCACAGCCACCUCUUCUAAAGAGACCGCGUCCUCGACCCUAACCUCGUCGACCCCUUUAACCACCCAAGAGUCAACCAGUAAGUCCACUUCUUCCACGACGAGCUCGUUAAACAGCACGAGUGAAGAGAAGAGGACGUCGGAAGAGAUAACCAUGUCGCCUACAGUGACGACUUCUUACAUGGUGAAGGAGCAGAACUUCAGCAUCAACGAAAUCUCCGAGCAGAUAGACAGGAUCGACGAGGUGGUGGAGGAAACUGGCGAGGUGGCUGAGGUCUCCGAGUCUACGUUAGAGGAAACGUCGACUGUGAGUUUGUCAGAGACGACCGAAUUGCCCGUGGAGGUAGAUGGCAGCAAAGAUUUGUUGGCCACGACGAAAGAAACGACUGCGCAGGAGGAGACGUCCAGUUCGAGCGAGCAACAGGAGUUCAGGCCGCGACCGGAAUAUCGACCUGCGAAUAAGCCGGAAGCUUCGACUAUGGAAGGCCAGCUGUAUCAGGACGUCGCCGCGAAAGAUCAACAGGAACAACCGGUUCUGAAGCUUCGGGGAGUCAACGCUUGUCCAGUGAAGGAGGAAGUAGUGGCGCCAUUUUGGGCAAACAAUACGAGAGGCGAAGUACUAGCACUUCUGAAUCUUUACCCCUUCGAGCAAUACGUUCACUGGGAAAAAUGCACACACGAAAACAAGCAGAUGUACUGCCGAGACGGGUGCAGGUGCGAACAGCAAUACAGACUCCAUCGGUUGCUAGCUUACGACCCAAACAACGAGUGUCGUGGCAUCUUCAGCGACUGGUUCAAGUUUCCCAGCUGCUGCGUUUGCCGUUGUUACGACUUACCCCUUGAAUUUCGCGUAACCUCGCGCUCUCCUCGCACCCAGAAGCAGCGGAUUAAAGUACGACCGCCUCGAAUUCACUACACGUAA